AUGUCUUCCGACGAUGUUCCACCAGUACCUCAACACAAGCCUUCUACUUUCGCAGAUGUCUUCAAGACGCUAGGUGUCGGACGUCCGAAAUCUCAUUCUCCGGUUUCCUUGCAAGAAAGUAGCAGUGAUUCGCUAUCGCACACUGACGGUCGCAGCGCCAAUCGACUUAUUUACGGACUCGAAUCAAUGCAUCGCGGCAGUGUCGUGUCGAGUUCGUCGGACACGCCCAGUGGCCCGGACUUUGACACGUCUCUUCAACACUUGUCGCAAACUCAAAACUUGACUCGGGCGAUUGAGGAGGCUGAGAAUUUGUCAAAAACUUUGCCCUGGUUUAGCUCCGAGCAGUCCGUUGUGCUAUGGGAAGCAGGCGAACAUCUCUUGCGCCAUGAGCGUGAUUUGGAUGCUCAGAGAAGUGGUGCCCAAUUAUUAGAGGCAAUUGCAGCACGUCAGGAUCUGUCUCAAGCAGCUAGACGUCAAGUGUUUGAAUCGAUAGCCACCCCAACAGUACCCGAAGUAAUUUCUGCACGCGUGCAAGCCUUGAUCUCUUUGUCGGAUCAUGGUAGGAAAUUGGAUUUCGCCAAUUCUUCAAUCCUCCAUAUCAUCUCAUCAUGGAUCGUUCCUCUCUAUGACUAUAUCGCAACGGCGCGGUCCAAGGCGAAGAAAGGGAAGGUCAUCAAACCGGCCGGGAUCAGUCACGACGAAGCAGCUUUGGGAGAUUUGUUCCAGUUUGCGGUAGACCUGAUCACUUUACAGCGAAAGAAGCCAACACAGGAGGAGAUUGAAAUGCUUCUCAUGGAGUCGUUCACCACAUGCAGGAGAACCAGUGUCGCAGCAGACAUCAAGAACUCUUUGUCUGUAUUUGAUGCGGUGAUCAUGUAUGCCGAUGUACCCGAUAAUAGCUUUCCCAUUCUCCUCGAAGUUCUUUGCAGCAUUCAUGCAUCGGUCAAGGCACUCUCUGGGCCCACAUCUCGAGCGGUGCGCAGUCUGGCCAAGUCUCGCAGACAAGCAGAAAUGGUGAACACUCUCCACGAGUUCUUAAGAGAAUCGUGUGCUGUUGAACAGACUCGUAACAUGAAUGUCCUUCGUGGCACGAUUUAUGUGUUUUCGGAUUUUGUUCGUGCAUAUGGUCAAGAUGGCAUGCCCCAACUACCCUUUGAUCAGUUGAUAGAGUCAUUGCAAGUGGUUGCCCAGAAGGACGAUGGUCGGGUGGACUCAGACAUCUUGGAUUUAUGUCUCAACAUCCUAGAAGGAGACUAUCUUCGUGUUGCCUUGGCACGUGACUGGAAGGCAUUUGCCGACCUUCUAGUGUUGUGCUCUCGCAGAGUUGUGGAAGAGUCAGCCAUCUCUCCCAUCUCAGCCAGUUCCAAGCCCACCGAAGACAUCAAAUCCUACAUUCUCACAAAUCUCAACUUGAUCGCUUCCGUCCUUGAGAACCAGUGGGAACACCUCAACCAAGAGCAAAAGCAGCACGCCGGUCGAUUCCUCAUGAAGAUCUACCAGCACAUCGAGCCUACACAGGCUGAACUCAUCAUCCACUUGAUGAGAGAGGACAAACUGUGUGAGCCGCGCGAAGAUUCAUCAUGGGUCCAGCAUUGCCGUGAGCUUAUUGAACGAUUUGUUCAACCUCGUAAACAGAGCUCGGACAUUCGCAUUCUAGCCUUGGACACGCUGAAAGAUGCUCUUUCGGACCACGAAGCUUCGAUCUUCUCCAAGGAGCACGGUCUUCUUAACCUUUUGCUUAGAGAUUUCUCGACGGAGCACGAUCUUCUUUUCCUAGAGUCGCUUGUCUCGUUGCUGACUGACCCGGCCAUCCAACACAGUGAUGACGAAACAUUCAAGUUAUUAGUAGACGUUAUUGGGGCGCCGAUGCAAAGAGACUCGAGCCCAGACGAACCGCGCGAUCCCUCAAGCUACGCAUCUCCUCCCCGCCGCACAUCCACCACGAGCGCAAGUGUCUUGGAGUUGAGUCUGACAAACGUCUGUGCUGUUGGUCUUGUAAAGAUGAUGCUUCGUGCCUUGAAUCACUCUUUCACCAAAGCCGUGAUGGUUUUUGAGGCACUCCUCGGCAUUGCACAGUCUGCAUCCCGCCCAACGGACUCCCGUCUUACUGUUUUGAAGCUACUCUUCCGACUGCGGUGUGACUCGGAUGGGUCUGUUACGGUCAUAUCAACCUCGGAGAAUGACUUCUUAAUGAACGUUCUGGGUCGGAAUCUCGACGGUGGCUCUAAGUUACAUGCCCUCGGCGACAGCCCUACUGUCCGCGAAGCUCCCCAGCAGGAUCCUUUCCCAGGCUCCCCCAACGCAAAGCUUCCAAUAAGAGAAUCAUCGAUUUCAAAGUCGGCUCCAGGACGUGGUUCUAUCGCUGCCCGUGGUUCGAAGCUGACUGCUCCAUCAUGGACAUAUGCUCUCCCGCAAGUGCUUCCUGAGCAACCUCCUGGAGAGUCCAGCCCCGUCGUCUUUGCAUACACGCACCCAGAGCCAACCAACCCCACUGAGUCUGCCGAGUCGAUUGCGCCAGAACUAGCUAUCACAGGAGUACUGAAGGUCAAGAUGUGGCUCGAGGUUGUAAUCACUCUGCUGCAACGGGAGGCCAACUGGGAUGUCUACAGCUAUGUUCUUACCCAUUUGGGACCUCAGCUUGGCAACAAAGACUUUUUCAGAGACGCCAUUCCUCAGGUCACGCUUUUGCGUAGCAUUCUCUGUGAUCAAGUCAAGAACGGCACUUUCCACGAACCUCCUGAGACUACUGGGUUGAAGAAAAGCGAUGUGGCUGCCUGUAUCUUCGAUGCACUUUGCAUGCUCGUCAGUUAUCACCAGCACUUUGCCAAAAGUGAAGAGGAUGACCUUGUUCGUGCUUUCAUGCAGGGUAUCAUCGGAUCAUGGGGUGGCACUUCCCGUGGUUGCAUUCAAGCUCUGUCGCUCUGUUGUUACGAGAUCCCAAUGUCGGUGACCAAAUCAUUGACCAGCAUUCUUGAUAGGAUGUCCAAGGUGAUUACCAUGUCAAACAUCGCUGUCCAUAUCUUGGAGUUCCUGGCUUUGCUUGCGCGGCUACCAGAUGUGUACGUCAACUUGCGCGAAGAAGAAGUCCGCACUGUGUUUGGAAUUUGCAUUCGCUUUUUGCAGACCUCAAGGGAGCAGCGAUACAAAGCAGCUCAAUUGUCCCAAACUGCCGAGACUACGGAACCCUCUCCACAAGACGGCAUGUCUAAAUACAUUUCCAAUCUCACCUACCAUGUCAUGGUUUUCUGGUUCUUGUCUUUGAGACUGCAGGACCGUCCUAAACAUGUGAACUGGAUCACGAGCAGACUCAUUUACCACGACGAACACGGCAAGGAGGUGGUUGAAGAACAAAGUCAAGUCUUGAUUGAUCUGAUGCAGCGAGUUGCUUACUCGGAUCUCGGAGAGACCAUCCCUUUUGAAACGUUCCCUCCUUCCCCUGAGGAUGGUCCUGUUGCGAAAAAGUCUUGGAUUGUCGGUAUGAGUAUUGUUACCGUGGAGACUGCUGGAGUAUCUGGCAUAUCCCAAAUCACCAAGCGCCAGGCAUCAGGAACCACCUAUUCUGUCUAUCAACAGCGAACCGCCCCGGUUCUGCCACAUCAAGUGCCUCCAACACCCGACGCCCAUUUGCAUUCCGACUCAAUGCAUACAGCCGUGCUUCCAAGUCACAUCAUGCUCCAAUUGACUGCAACUGCUUUCCCUACGCCAACGGUCAUGCAGCCUAUCCCGGUUCCAGAAGACGAUAUCACCCGCCGUGCGAUCAGCAACUUUGAUCGAACCGACAUUGUGGAUGGUCACCGUAUCGGCAUUGUCUACGUCGGUAAUGGCCAGACCAAGGAGGCAGAUAUCCUUGCCAACACUGGAGGAUCUGCGGACUACGAGCAUCUGCUGUCCGGCUUAGGAACCAAAGUGUCUCUUCGGAACCCUCAAUUUAACCCGCAAGGAUUAUAUGCCGAUACCGAUGGAGAAGAUACCUACGCUUGGCGAGAUCGUGUUACCGAAAUCGUGUACCACGUUGCGACAAUGAUGCCUACGAACCUUGAGCAUGACCCAGCUUGUAUCAACAAGAAGCGAAACAUUGGCAAUAACCAUGUCACCAUUGUGUUCAACCGGUCUAACCUGCCGUUCAACUUUGACACAAUCCCGUCCGAGUUCAAUUCCAUCAACAUUGUCAUCACUCCGUCGUCUCGUAUUGCCUACGAUGAAGAUGACAACGUUAAAGGUGAAACCAACCCGCAGAACCUCUUCUACAGUGUCCAAGUGAUGAGCAAGCCCGGAUUCCCCGAUGUUUCACCUGCUGCAACACCGAAGGUCAUCUCUGGCAAGAACUUGGCAGCCUUUGUACGCAUUCUUGCACUUAACGCUUCCGUCUUCUCGCUUGUCUGGAAUAAUAAGGGUGGUGAGCACACAACCUCAUGGCGCACUCGGCUGCGUGAAAUCAAAAAGGUUCGCGAGCGUGCUCUUACAGCCCAGGCGCAACCCGCCGAACCCGAAGGAGCAUACCCUGGCCAGCGUCGUGGUACCAAGGCCAACAUCUUCUCUGAGGAACUGCCCUCGCGUACUCCCCAGGUGCAGACCGACUUUGCGGCAGAGUGGAAUGCAGCGGCAGACACGAACAUCCUGCAGAACCUAGACUUCUCCCGAUGGUCUCGUUGA